CCUCUGUUUUGUUUUGGCGGUGGUUCAAUUCAAGUGGUGAAGUGGGCAGUGACCGACGCUUUCCCCCUCUCUCCUUCCAUGGCAGCUGGCACAAAGUUAUUGCACCUGCAGGGCAGCGGCAUCAGCGGGCACGGCACCACACACCGAUGUUCCUCACUAAUCAAUCAUCAUCCUUUCUUCCCUCGAUUACUACUAAGUACUACUACUACUACUACUACUACUACUACUACUACUACUACUACUACUACUACUACUACUACUACCACCAACAGCACAUCAUAGUUGCCAAUAGUGACCAGGAAGUUGUCGCCAGCUCCCAUGCAAUUAGCCUAGUUACAAGUAUAUACAAGUAUACUAGUGGUCAACUGUUGCUGCUAAUCAUCUCAGGGUCUUCCCCCCCCUCUCGAUCCACCCAAUAAUUUAGACUCGCCCGUGCUUCAUUCAGCUGCGACGGGUCAUGCUCACAUGAUG